UUCAACUACAACUCCCACAAUCCUUCAGGAGCGAAACACCCGCCUUCUGCUUCCGGCCUGAGCAACUGGAAAAGAUGGCAUCUGACACAGGGCGAUACAGAGGCGCUGUCAACAAAAGCAAAGAUCCCUCCGGACUUCUCAUCUCCGUCAUAAGGACUUUGUCCAGCAGCGAUGACGUCCAGGACAGGGAGACAGAGAAAGGCCGUCUUGAGGAAGCUUUUGAAACAUGUGACCGGGAUCUUGAUGAGCUCAUCGUCCAGAAUUAUGCCGAGCUCACCACCGCCAUCAGGACGUACCAAAGCAUCACCGAGCGCAUCACCACCUCUCGUAACAAAAUUAAGCAGGUAAAGGAGAAUCUGCUGUCCUGUAAGAUGCUGCUGCACUGCAAACGGGACGAGCUGAGGAAGCUGUGGAUCGAAGGCAUCGAACACAAGCACGUCUUGCAGUUGCUGGAUGAAAUUGAGAGCAUCAAGCAAGUGCCUCAGCGCCUGGAGGCUUAUAUGGCCAGCAAGCACUACCUCCAUGCCACGGAUAUGCUGGUGUCUGCCGUGGGGUCCCUGGAGGGUCCCCUGCUGCAGGUAGAGGGUCUGAGUGACCUACGCCUGGAGCUGCACAGCAAAAAGCUCAACAUCCACCUGGUGCUCAUCGACGAGCUGCACCGCCACCUCUAUAUCAAGUCCACCAGCCGCCUGGGACUUAAGAAGGACAAGAAUGCAACGCGUCUUCUCGGCUCUGUCGGCAAAGACGCAUCAUCUCCGAUGCCGGUGUUGGACGUCAGCAACAUUUCCACACCGCGAAAACAUUUGGAUUCAUCGCAAUUCAGUACGCCAGGAUCAAGCAGCGUGCGUGAGCUUCAACAAGAUGUGCGGGAGAACCAAUUAGACUUCCCUGAGGUUGACCCAGAAGAGAACAGCGCAGAGUUCAUGGGCAUCCUUAUAAAGGCGCUGGCCAAGCUAAAGAAGAUCCCAGAGACCAUCAAAGCCAUCAUGGAGCGGCUGGAGCCUGAGCUCAAACAAAUAGCCAAAAGGUCAACCACGCAAAUAGCGGACCACGCCUACCAGAGAGGAGAAAACUUGGCUCAGGAGAGCCAACCAAGGCAGCUGCUGGAGCUGCUGGAACUCCUGUUUGACAAGUUCAAGGCGGUGGCCCAGGCCCACAGCGUGGUGCUGGCCCACCUGCAGCGGAUCGCCGUGCAGUGCCCCGGUGGCGCCCACGAGGAGGGCAUCAAGCUGUACGAGCAGGCCGACGUGUCCGCCAAGAUCCAGACGGUGCUGCAGGUGCUGCUCAUGGAGUAUCUGGACGUGAAGAACAGUCGCAGCUCCACGGCGCCAUCGGCGCAGCACGCCUACGCCAGCACGGGCAGCGAGUUUGCUGCCUUCUUUGCUAAGAAGAAGCCGCAGCGUGCAAAGCAGUCACUCUUCAAGUUUGAAUCUUCCUCCCAUGCCAUCAGCAUGAGUGCUUACCUGAGGGAGCAGAGACGAGAACUCUACAGCAAAAGCGGAGAAUUGCAAGGCGGCGCAGACGACAACCUGAUGGAAGGAGGAGAAAUGAAGUUUGUUUGCAAGCCGGGAGCGAGAAACAUCACUGUCAUCUUCCAGCCUCUGCUCAGGUUCAUCCAUGAGAUCGAGAUGAACAUGGGGGCAGGCCAGGCCAAGCAGUGCCAACUCCGCACCUUCCUGACGUACUACAUCAACGACCUUUUCCUCAACCAGGUACGAACGGAAAUUAACAAGGAUAUAGAGGCAGUGAGCAAGGCAGCCGACCCUUUGAAGAUCCUUGCCAGUGCUGAUACCAUGAAGCUUCUGGGUGUCCAGAGACCUGUUCUCCAGAGCACUGUGGUGGUGGAAAAGUCCAUCCAGGAUUUGAUGAAUCUCAUGCAGGACCUGAGCGCCUACUCCAACCAGUUCCUGGAAAUGGUCUGUGACAAGCUGAAAGAGUACAAGGAGAUCUGCAAUACGGCCUAUAGGGGAAUAGUCCAGUGCGAGGAGAAGUUGACCAUCAGUGCUUCCUGGUCCAAAGAUGAGGAUAUUAGUCGCCUGCUUCAGUCCCUCCCUAACUGGGCCAACAUGGCCCAGCCCAGACAGACUCGCCAAAAAAGAGAGGACGAAGAAGACUUUACCAGGACGGCAUUCGCCAAAGAAUCAGAGGUGCUGACAGGCAACCUUGGAGACAAGCUCAUCCCCCAGAACGAGAUCCUGCGUGACGUCAGCGACCUCAAGGCCUUGGCCAACCUCCAUGAGAGCAUGGAGUGGCUCGCCAACCGCCUAAAGAUCUUCUUCACCAGCCUGCCUCAGAGCUCCAGUAUGUCUCCGUGCUCAUCCGACAGCCAAGCGGUGGGCGACAGCGAGCGCAGCAGGGAGCAAAUAUUGCAGACCCUCAGUGACCUGUGCAGGGGAUUCCAGGACAUUGCCAACCGCUGCCUGCUGGUGUUGCACCUGGAAGUCAGGGUGCACUGCUUUCAUUACUUGAUCCCGCUGACCAAGGAGGGUAAUUACGCCAUCGUGGCCAACGUGGAGAGCAUGGACUACGACCCGCUGGUGGUCAAGCUCAACAAGGACAUCUCCGCCAUCGAGGAGGUGAUGAGCGCGGCCUUGCAGCAGCACAAGUUCCAAUACAUAUUUGAAGGUUUGGGUCAUCUGAUCUCCUGCAUCCUGAUCAACGGGGCGCAGUACUUCAAGAGGAUCAGCGAGUCGGGCAUCAAAAAGAUGUGCAGGAACAUCUUUGUCCUGCAGCAGAACCUCACCAACAUCACCAUGUCCAGAGAGGCGGACCUUGACUUUGCCAGGCAGUACUACGAGAUGCUCUACAACCCGGCGGACGAGCUGCUCAACCUGGUUGUGGAUCAGGGUGUGCGCUACACGGAGCUGGAGUACAUCAACGCCCUGUCGCUGCUGCACCGCAGCCAGACGGGCGUAGGCGACCUGAGCACGCAGAACACGCGGCUGCAGAGGCUGAAGGAGAUCGUCUGCGAGCAGGCCGCCAUCAAACAGGCCAGCAAGGACAAGAAGAUCACCACCGUAUGAUGCGGCUUUGUCGCCGCUUUAUAUUUCCCUUCAAGGACGAUCGUCUGUUCCUACCUGCAAUAAUCGAUGACACCUAAGAGUGCAGGCGAGAAAGUCAUAUGACACAUUUCAUAUCAUGUACAUGCAACUCACACAUUAGUAAUUCCCCAAUCUUGUUUACUUCACAAACUUCACAGAGGAGUACUUAACAGGGGGGUGUCGACCGGAGACUUGUCAAUACCUCAGUGGGCCCGCCGACGAGCCCCCUGAAGCUGACGCCACAAUCCAUCACAUUGACACUUUGGCCGGGAUCGAUGGGAAAACAGCUGCGGGUGCCCCCGACGGAUUUGACUAAACUUGGCAAAAGCCCUGAAAAGCUGCUGCUUCGAUAAUUCGAUACAUGGGAAACUUGAACAGAAUGUUAAUGUGCUUGUCAUGUGACACUCUGGGUUAUAAUAACAAAUGUCAGAAUUUAUAAUGGACAUAAUCCAUCAAGCACCCCUGCUUUUUUUUUCAUUCUAUAAAUACACAUUAAAACAUUUUUUUUUAAUCUACAUAUUAAUGAAUAUAUAGACCAAGUCAAUCAUGCUUACUUGUCACCUGAUUGUCCAUAAUGAACAGACAAUACACAAAUAUGAAUAAUAAAAGGUUAUUGCGA